GGUUUUUAAAACCAAUACAGUAACACGGCCCAUAUCUCCGUCCAUACCCGUUUUCAAAAUUUUUAUUUUUCCCGUUAAAAUUUUGCACAAGGCACACCAGCAGAGUAAUCGUUGGAUGCUGGUUCGGCUUUCUGUUUUCUGGUGCCUGCAUUUAUCGUCGAAAGAAUUACUUCCUGACUUGGAGUAGUCUCUGAAUCAGAUGGUGGAUCCUCGGUGGAUCACCUUCAUUAUAGUGCUUCCUUGUCUUGUGGGAGUACUUGAUGCUAGUGCUGGUGAUGCUGACCCCUUAUACAGGGAUUGUGUCAGAGAAUGUGAAACUACAGGAUGUGUCAGAGAAAGAUGUUUUACAAAUUGUAAAUUCCUGUUGAAUGGUUCUUCAAUUGAUGGCCCAUGGUAUAUGCAAGAACCUCUUUUCUUGCAUUGGAGACAAUGGGAUUGCCAAAGUGAUUGCCGCUACCACUGCAUGGUUGAGAGAGAAAAAGAAAGAGCAGCAGUUAAUCAAGGGCCUGUCAAAUAUCAUGGUAAAUGGCCCUUCCGACGUCUCUAUGGGUUUCAGGAGCCUGUUUCUGUAGCCUUUUCUGCCCUCAACCUUGCAAUGCAUUUCCAUGGUUGGUUGUCCUUCUUCAUCCUUCUUCACUACAAGCUGCCGCUAAAGCAAGACAAGCAACCAUAUUAUGAUUUUACUGGCCUUUGGCACAUCUAUGCAUUAUUAUCCAUGAACUCAUGGUUCUGGAGUGCUGUUUUCCACAGUCGGGAUGUGGUGUUAACAGAAAGGCUGGACUACUCAUCAGCAGUGGCCUUACUUGGAUACUCUCUUAUUUUGGCCAUAUUAAGAAGUUUCAACGUUAGGGAUGAGGCUGGCAGAGUCAUGGUUGCUGCACCUCUUCUUGCCUUCAUAACCACCCAUAUAUUGUACCUCAACAACUACAAAAUGGACUAUGGUUGGAACAUGCAAGUAUGCGUUGUAAUGGCUGUCACUCAGCUUGUUGUUUGGGCAGUGUGGGCUGGCAUGACUCAUCAUCCUUCGCGCUGGAAGUUGUGGAUUGUGGUUGUAGGAGGUGGUCUGGCAAUGCUUCUGGAGAUAUAUGAUUUCCCUCCAUACAAAGGAUAUGUUGAUGCACAUGCUCUUUGGCAUGCCGCAACUGUCCCUCUUACCUUCAUUUGGUGGAGUUUCAUCAGGGAUGAUGCUGAAUUCCGAACAUCUAACCUCAUCAAGAAGGUCAAAUAAGUAGAGUAGGUUUUGCAAUCUGGUGUCCUUCCGAGUCAUGUGAAUUGUGACAGCUUGAUGAGGCUUAGCUUGGAUCGGUGGAACAGCAUUAUUCUUUCUCUGAAUUCUUUUCAAUUAAUGUCCCUUCCACAACAUGGAUGGGAUGCUUCGUUUCUGGAUGAAUAUCUUGUUGCCAACUUUGUCAUAUAUAGCAAACGGGAAGGCUGGUUGCAUCUUUGUCAGUUUUGUUGGAGAUGCAUUACAGACUUGAAAAGCAAAAAUGUUGCGUUCAA